CGCUCAGUAGGUGUUGUGGCUGCUGCACGGUGCCGGGACGGGAAGGCUGCUAUCACUGGAGGCUGCACGGUGCCGGGACGGGAAGGCUGCUAUCACUGGACGCUGCACGGUGCCGGGAAGGCUGCUAUCACUGGACGCUGCUGGGACGGGAAGGCUGCACUGUGACCGCGAUCACUGAUUCCCGUUUGUGGUAAGAUGGGAGCGACAGAUUCCAGGCUGCAGCAGGUGACUCCAUCUCGCCCUCUACAAAACCGCCACCUGUCCCAUGUGAUUGACCCCCGCUCCCCUUCAGUGGGGAUCCCCAGGACGCCUAUAGAGGUCGCGGAGUCUCCGAGAAGGUCUCAUGUAGCUGCACAAGAGGAAGAAAUGGCCGAGCCCUCCGUCAUAAACGACCCGCGCUCCCCCACGCAAGGCAUUACACGCACCCCGCUGCGUCCUUCUUUACAAGCUUCCUUGAACCUUCUGGCUAAGCAGCUCAGCGAGGUGUUUGUCUCGGAGGAUUCUGGGAUUGAGGGCAGCCCUGAAGCCAAUAAAGAAGCUCCAGAAGACCCCCCUGUGACUGACGCCCUCCCUCCACCUGCUGAGGAAGAAGUCAAGGUGGUGGCAGAAGAAACGGUCAUCUCUCCUGUUGCAUCUCCAGCGGAGCCGCCCCCAACCACUGUGCAGCCGCAGCAGAAACCAAGGGGCAAAUCUCCAGGUACCAAGAAUGUUCGCCAGCGACCCAGGAAAGCCUUGGUCUCCACGACCUAUGGCCGAUCUCCACUGAAAGUCCUGCAGGACGACAACUCCCCGAGCACAGCUAUGCAGAACAGACAGGUAAAGAAGAUCCCCUUCCAGUCUGAACAGCCCUCGUCUCUGAGGACCCUGAAGAUCUCUCACUGGGAAAUGUCCCACAACAAGGAGAACGCACAGUACACUCAGGGCGAAAGCUGAGCCGCCCUCAUCAUAGCCCAUGGCGGUAUAGCUCUGUACUUGCCGUAUACUCCGCUCCGCGUACUCUACUUGUGUAAAUAUUUCUUAUUCUCUGUCUGUGACUUUAAAUGUUGGACCAGAAUAAAUGUGAUUUUUAUUAAUGA